AUGCUUCUUCACUGACAUGAAAACCCAGUAUAUUUAUAUAUUUACUCCAUCUACCAUCACCAUGUUAGGUUAAAUUUAUUAAAUUUCUCACUGCCACUUUCAUUUAUUGAAUUCAAGAAAAUAACUCAAAUUUAAUAAGUUAAACGAACCCAUCUGCUAUAUACUUGUAAUUCAUUCAUUCUAAUACAUAGUACACUAUAAAUAUAUUGUGACAUUUUCGCUUCCUCCUAAAACUCCAAUUUUAAGUGAUGGAGGGUGAGAGAAUUUUUAUUGCGCAACCCCUUUUGGAAAAUGAUUUCUCUGGCGAUGUCAAAUGUGUAAAAGAAGGCGACGCUUCUUUUUCCAAGACUCUCUUCAAUGGCCUCAAUGCCCUUUCAGGAGUCGGGAUACUGUCAGUACCUUAUGCUCUAGCAUCAGGUGGCUGGUUGAGCCUGGUGUUACUUUUUGCCAUUGCCAUGGCAGCGUUCUAUGCCGGCUUGCUCAUUAAGCGGUGCAUGGAAACGGAUCCAAGUAUAACAAAUUUCCCUGACAUGGGAGAACGUGCAUUUGGGAAUAUUGGGAGAACAGUUGUAUCAGUGUUUAUGUGUGCAGAGUUGUAUUUGGUCGUAACAGGUUUCUUGAUCGUGGAAGGGGACAAUCUACAUAACCUUUUCCCAGAAAUGAAGUUCCAAGCCUGUGGUCUUGAACUUGGAGGAAAACAAAGUUUUGUGAUGAUUGUUGCACUUCUUAUUACUCCGUCUGUUUGGUUAAGUAACUUGAAUAUCCUUUCUUACAUCUCCGCUACUGGUGUUCUAGCUUCUGUUGUGAUAAUUGCAUCUGUUUUAUGGGUUGGUGCCUUUGAUGGGAUUGGAUUUCACAGCAAAGGGGAAUUUGUGAAUUGGUCAGGGAUCCCCACGGCUGUUAGCUUGUAUGGCUUUUGUUAUUGUGCUCAUCCUAUUUUCCCUCCCCUUUACAACUCCAUGAAGAAUAAACGCAACUUCUCAAAGGUACUACUACUAUGUUUCGUCUGCAUGACCAUCAGUUAUGCUUCCAUCGCAAUAUUUGGCUAUCUGAUGUUCGGUUCAAAAUUAGAUCCAGAAAUAACUCUGAACCUUCCUAUUCACAAACUAAGCUCAAGAGUCGCAAUAUAUACCACAUUGGUAAGUCCACUUUCCAAAUAUGCAUUAAUGUUAGAACCAGUUGCAAGUGCAACUGAGAGUUGGUUUCCGACUUACCACAAGAAAAGGUCCUUCCGAAUAUUUAUCCGAACAGCUCUGGUUGCGACUCAGGUCAUUAUAGCACUAGUUGUUCCUUUCUUUGGGCAUCUUAUAUCUUUGGUUGGAGCAUUUUUAAGCGUCACUGCGUCUAUUACACUUCCAUGCUUGUGCUUCUUGAAGAUUUCAGGCGCUAAUCUAGGCAAUGAGCAGGUACUUGUCAUAGGCGUUAUAGUGUUCAGUAUAUUGAUCGCAAUAUUUGGUACCUAUACCUCUUUGGUACAACUUAUACAUGGAACUGUUUUGCAGUAUUAACUUCCUUAUUUCAGAUUGUAUCAACUUCUCAAUGAAAAUAUUAUCUGUGUAUGUGUUGUUUCUGUAAA